AUGAGCUUUUCCGUGGAGCGGCUCGGGAACGGCGCCGCCUUCUGCCUGCGCGACGAGGCCACGGGCACAACCGUACUGCUCGGCUGCGGGGAGAUCAAAGACACGUCCUUCUACUCACAGGACGACGCAAACGCGGAGGAGUUUGAGGCCGCAGCGACGCAGUACCGCCGCGAACUGAAAGACCUACUGAGGCGCGAUGGGGGCACUGUAGACGCCAUCUUGGUGCCGGACUACCGCCCUGGCGCCUGCUACAUGUUGCCGUACAUUGCGGAGAAGUGUAGCGUGUCGUGGACGGCCCCGGCGACUGCGGCGGCGCAAGAGCCGAGCCAGAAACAGCCUCCAGCGAUCAUUAUGACACAUGGUACUCGAGCCAUCGCGCCGCAUCUACUGGCUGAGUACUGGACUGGGUGUCACGGGAAGGUGAAAGACGGAGGUAGUGGACUGCCAGCCCCGUACGACGUUCAGGACAUCCCCCCGGCGUUCAGGAGAGUCAAGGCGGUUGCAUUGAAGGCCUGCGUGACUGUGAACGAGAACCUCAAAAUCACGGCGUAUCAUUCGGGUCAUGUAGCGGGAGGCUGUGCCUUCUAUCUGGAGAUUGGAGUGUCGACGGUGAUGUUCGCCAAUGACUUCAACCUCACAGGUGGACGAGUGCUGCUACCGGCGCAGAUUCCGAGACUGGAGCCUAAUGUGCUUAUUACGAGCAGUUCUUUUGCAGUGACGGUGUCGGAGACGCAGAACGCUAUGGAAAGGGAGCUCGUGAAGGUUAUCCUGGAAUGCAUCAGCUCGAACGGCAAAGUGGUGAUCCCUGUCUACCGGUUGGGCUACUUCCAUGAGCUGAUCACGAUCCUGUUGGAGCAUUGGCAACAAAUUAAGGAUGUGACGGGGAAGUCUGCUGGGUGCCCGAUCUUUUUGUCGGAUGCGGAUAUGGAGUACCCCAGUCGCUUCCUACCUGUGCUUUCGCGCACGUGCACGCCUGCAGUUCAGAGCCUUCUCCGUGAAAGGCCACCCAGCCCGACCGACUUGCAGGUAUUCGAUUGGAAGCGGCUGCAACAACCAGGUCCGUUCGUGCUGUUCACAGGACCAGCUAAUAUUUCUCAAGGGGGUUCGUUGCGUGCGAUCAAGGCAGUUGCGAGCGACCCCAAGAACCUCAUCGUGCUAUCCGAGUAUUGCACACCGGGCACCGUUAAUUAUUUGCUGUAUGCGGAUCCCGAACGCAAACGUGUCAGUAAGCGCUUGGGGGUUAACGUGGAGUGCGGAGUUCACUACCAGCCUUGUGGCGAUGAAGUGGACACCAAGAGCAUCGUUCAGCUCGUGUCACGUGUAGCGCCGCGCCAGGUCAUUCUCGACUACUUGGUUCCAGACGACCUAGCAUUUGUCAAAUCGCAUAUGCAGAACCAGUUGAAGAUAGACCCGACUGUCGGCUCGGAUGUGUUAGUAAAGGGGAUCAAUCCUUCUGGACGAACACCCAUCGAACCAGCUCAUGAUAUCCCGCUUCGUAUCCACAAGGCCAUGUUCAACAACCCCUCCGAUGUGCAGGGUAUGCUGAUUGCAGAACCCAAACGCAAGCUGAUGUUGGUGUCAAGCGGUAAUGGCGCGCGGCGUUUGAAGAAGAAGAAACACUCGUUGUUCUUCUCCUACUCCUGGAAGAAGCCAUUUGAGCCGUCGCCUCGUGUGAAGAAGAAAAGCUCGCGCCCGGCCUCUGCGUUAUCUUUUCUUCUGUCAGCGGCAGUUGAAUCAGCCGACGAAGAAGAAGAGAGUGAGCAACAGCCUCAAGCCGAUGUGGACCAACUUCAGAAAGCCUUGGAGGUCAGUCUGACCAAGUGGAUCCGCCACCUUACGAUCGAGAAGAUUGAUCGCUGGCUGAAGCUUCGAACGGUAGGAGUGUCAGUGUCCGCCGAGUGGGAAGUCCACAUGGAAUGGUCUUACGACGACGAAGCACUGGCUGGUCGGGUGCUCGGAAUUGCAAAGCAGGUUGUUCACGCUGAAUACAAGAAACAGCUAGCAAAGUAA